AACAAACUCCUGGGGGUCUGCCUAGUUUUGGGGAGGGACAAAAUGCGAGGGAACAGGAGGAUAGAACAGAAAAUAGUCCAACACAUGGAGAAGGCAUUUGGAAUAGUUGAAUGAAUUACAUAUGGGCAAGUUUGAAAGUUGACAGACGAAUUGAGCAAUGCGUAUUUGCAAGUUAUUCUUUUAAAUAUUGAUUUGGUUGGUUUCAGGGUAACUUAUCUCAUGAUGUAACGUGGCUAGCCAGCUAGCUGAAGACUUUGAACAGAGGAAACACGAUACAGUGUGAAAGUUAGCUAGCGCUUUAGUGAACUGCCAGCUUUGCUAGACUAGCAAUAACUUUUCUCUUUCAGUUUAUCUUUACUCUGUUGAACUUGUCUUGAAUUUCACGGACAAGCGUGUUGCUCACGGUUUGAUACCUGUCACGUUUUACUUUUGUGGUUUUUGGACAUGGUUUUCAGUAACAGCUAGCUAGCUAAAGUUAGUCAGUCAUCAAUCAUUUGUAUUUUUCAACCUUGGACGGACUGAAUGUUCACCUUUGGGAUACUUAACGUUACUGUCAGUAAACAGCAGCAAGACAACAUCAACGUUGUAUUUUAAAAACAAGAGACAAGAUGCAAAAGUUCAACUCGACACACACCAAUACUCUUCCUCGGGACGCUGAACUUCAGCAGCGGUUAGCCGACAACGGGGGAGCCGGGGAGGCGAUGAAGGAAAACGGCGCUGGGAAGAAUCACAUCCUCGCAGAACCUGCAGACAGUUCUCUCUGUACCAAGAGAAAGAUGCUGGUCGGCUUGGAUGUUUUCUGUCUGUUUGUAGCCUCCAUCCCGUUCUUUGCAUGUGAGCUGAAGGCUGUGACUCCAUACCGGAGGGGUUUCUUCUGUGGGGACCAGAGCAUCACCUACCCCUACCUGGAGAGAGAGGCCAUCCCUGACACGCUGCUCAUCGCUGGGGGCAUCAUCAUCACUGGCCUCACGAUUGCGCUGGGCGAGUGUCACCGGGUUCGAUUCCGUGAGGUGCACUCGCGGGCGUUCGUGCGCAACCUCUACGUGUCCUGCCUCUACAAGGAGCUGGGCAGCUUCCUGUUCGGCUGCUGCGUGGGCCAAUCACUGACCAACAUGGCCAAGCUGAGCGUGGGGCGCCUGCGACCUAACUUCCUGUCGGUGUGCAACGUGACAUACGCCUCGCUCAACUGCGUCCCCGGCUCCUACAUGGCCCAGGUCACCUGCAGGCAGCCCAAAGACAAGAUGGUGGAGGAGGCCAGGAAGUCCUUUUUCUCUGGCCAUUCCUCUUUUGCCAUGUACACCAUGCUCUACCUGGCGUUCUACCUGCAGGCGCGGUUGUCAUGGCGAGGGGCUCGUCUGCUGCGCCCGCUGCUGCAGUUCCUGCUGGUGAUGAUAGCCGUGUACACCGGGCUGAGCCGCAUCUCCGACUACCGCCACCAUCCCACCGACGUGAUCACCGGCUUCAUCCAGGGAGGCCUCACCGCCUACUGGGUGGCCUUCUAUAUUUCCUCCAUGUUUAAGAACAACCGUCCAGACCUGUCUCCCACCAGCAUGUCCCUGGAGAGCCCCCUGUCCAGCCAACAGACCGUCUGCUAGCACCACCUAACCCAACACACCCCUCCUCACCUACCUGGACCCGGACGGAUGGGAGAAAAGAGAGAGGGAGUGAGGGAGAGAGGGAGCGAGAGACAGUCAGAUAGCAGAGGUGAGCAGCACAUGGAGGGACAGGGAGGGAGAGAAAGAAAUGGGGAGAGGUGUGUGAAAAGGGAGGGAGAUGAGAGAAGAGGUAGAUGGAGGUAGAGAGCGUUCUAGCAAGCACACACAUGCUCUGAUGAAUACGUCAAGACACAUGCACGCACACACAGUGCCACCUCACUCACUAACACACACUACCAUCUAACACACACACCCACCAAAUCACAGCACAUUUGACUGUAGAGUACAACCCGUCCAUAUGGAGAUAUGCAUAGUAAUUUUACAGAUAUUUUUAUAUAUGAAAAACAACAAAAGUUUCUAUUUUUCAAAUGGGAGUCGUAGAUGAAGCUGCUAAUGAUAAUGAUUUUUGUCCUGUUCUAAGUAGAAUAUGUUUUAAAUGUGAUGGUGGUUAGUGGGCAGUGCAUUAGGUUAGCUCUCUCAAACACACAGUCAGUGAGUGUCACUAAAUGAUCUUCAUUGGUCAUCACUUCGUUGGUCAUCCUCUGACCAGCCUGGACAAUGACAUCAUCAGCUGGACUCUGUGGAUGGUCUGUGACAUCAUGUAAGGGCUCCACCUCUUCACCUUGACGCCCCCUGACUCUAAUUCUGUGGAUGUCUCACUGUGUGAAACGACAAAGUCAGAACUGAACUGUUAUUUCAGACCUCUACAUGGAACAACAGCCCUGCAAGAAGUGAGGAACCUGGCAACAAAUAAGGAACAAGCACUGGCCUCAUGUACCCUCUCCAUCCUUCACCAUUAACCAUGUAACCAUUGGCCCUCAUUCAGACUGCUCUCUGCCUCUAACUACACAGCAGCUAGUAGAGGAUGUCAUGGACAAAGACAAAAGAGAAAACAUUUUGUAUUAAACCAAGUAUCUUAUCUUAACUUCAGUUACCCAGGAGUGAUAGGGUGGAAAUAUGCUUUGCCCAGGUUACGUCCCCUCACCUUCACUCCCUCUCUUCUCCAUGUCUGUACUAACCACUUAUUACUGUGUCUCAGAGGCGGAGCUAUGACUGAACCCUGUAACCUUUGACCUAUUACCCUGACCUCCGACCUCUGAGCUGCACCUUGUGUUAUGCCACUCUCACAGGGGAGCCAAAAUGGCUGCCUCGUGUCGCCCAUGGCACUGGUCCCCUGUAUAUUCCUAUUAAUAGCACUUGAACUACAUAAUGGAACCUACUCUGAUAGUAUAAUUGAUAUUAUAUAUAUUUUAUCUAAAGUUUUAAUAAUCAGUGUUUUUUAUUUCCCUUAAUAUGUCACUCUCAUACAGUAUAUAUGUUUUAGUUUUUUUCCAAAUGAUAAUUAUUCAAAUUGAAUGUAAAUAUAUAUGUCCUUUUAUAAACCACACAGAAUUUCAAAAGUAUUAUUAGUGCCAUUUUUUGACCGUUUUUACAUGUUUAUAUGUGUCUGUGAUGUUGAUCAGGUACGCAGAGUUGUUGUUAUUGUCAUAACGACUAGACUGAGCCAGAGCUAUUAUCAGUUGUCAUAAUGACUAGACUGAGCCAGAGCUAUUAUCAGAAAGCUAUAUUUCUUGUUUCCAGUUUUACUUGUGUUUUUUGUUUUGUUUUCUCUGUGAAUGCCAGUAUGGCUGAAAAUAACCACUGUACUCAAAAAACCAAACCAUUAAAAUGAAUGUUGAAUCUUU